UGACAUGGCAUGACAGAAGUCUCAAAAGGAUACAGAUAAAGUUUAAAUCUAAAUUUUGAGUUUGGGAUUUUAAUUUAUUGAAGGUUUAGCUUUAGAGACUUGCAUACGUGGGGCUGAAGAUCAGGAUUAAAAUUCUUUCGAGUUGGGAAACUUUAGGUUACUUGAUUUUACUUUUUGAGGGCGAUUUGAAGGGUUGUUUGAUGAUUUGAGUUGACUUGACUUGGUAGGAGGAUAAAAAGAUUAAGAGGGUGGAGAAGAAUAAGACAAGAGGGAUUUAUCGAUAGAAGGAGAGUGAUAGGAAAGAUAAUAGGAAGGAAGAGGAGAAUAAGAGAGCGCAGAGAAAAGAAGUUCACAAACGAAUCGGAUUACUCUGAUUACUUCGAUUACUUCGAGGACUUGAACUUGUACGCAUCUCCAAUUUCGAAUCCGAAUCUCGAAUCCAAAGACAAAGACGAAGUCGAAGAAAAGAUUGAAAGAAUUAUACGAAGUAGAGAGAUUUGUGUCGCGGACUUUGAAGAGGGCUUGUGAGAGAUUUGGAAGAAGCUGGGCGGUAUUAUACGUCUGCGUCUGCGUCUACGCGGUUCUGAAAUUUUAGUUUCUGCGACGAAGAUUUAUUGGGUGAGAGAUACGACAGAAGGUGUGAUUUGGUGGGAUACAAUACGAUACGCCACGACACGACACGACACGACACGAUACGAUAUCAUAGGAUAGGAUAGGAAGACGAGGACGUGAAUUUAGAUCAACGAUCUUGGGAUAAGGAAGAUUAUCGAAUACCAGCAGACGGGAUCAGAUUUGUGAGAACUUAGAGAUCCUUAGAGAUUCGAAGAGAGAGCAUUGCGAGGAUUUGUGAAGUGGGUUUAUUACGAUAUUUAUUGUGAAUGGUGGUCGUAAGAACGGAUAAGGAAUAAGAGGAAGAAGGUACAAGAAGAUUUCUGCGAGCAACAUAUAUUUGGACCAAUCUUUGCACCAUUCUCGGAAUACAUAUACCUGCCUAUCUACCUACUCAUCCCGAUAUCAAGUCACUCAAGCAGACAAUUUUCUCCCUUAAAUAAUUCAUCAACCCCGCCAUAGCAAUGGCUUCAACUUCUACCCCUCCAGUAGGCCGAACACAAACCCGAAUCCAAGGACAAGCACAAACGGCUCCACAGAAUCGCGGAAGUUUAACAAUCACACAAUCACAAUCGAAUACAAAUACACCUGUUCUACGUUUGAGAGGUGCGCCAAAUACAGAAAGUGAAAGUAGUGCGGAUGGAGAAGCAGAUUUAGGAAGAGGAAGGAGAAUUCAGUGGGCGGAAGAUGUGGUGGAUAAUGAAGGGUUGGGAAGGAAGAAGAGUAAAGUUUGCUGCAUAUACCACGCUCCUCGACCCAUCGAUGAAUCCUCGGAUGAAAGUUCGAGUGAUAGCGAUGAUAGUAGUAGUGAUGAUGAUGAUGAUGGGAGUGCGAAGCCUUCUGGGGGUGGAGGGAAAGGCGGUGGAAAUGAUCAUGAUCAUCAACAUGGAGAUGGAUGUGGACAUGGGAAAGGAAAGGGAAAGGGUAAAGAAAGGAAAAGAAGUCCGAAUGCUUAUGAGAGGCAGCCGAAUUAUAAGGGAAAGGGAAAAGGAUGAUUGUAAAUGGUCUAAGAAGGGAAGGGGGACAGGGGAGAGGAAAUAGUAUUUUCAUUCAGGUCAUGAUGUAAUGUGAUACACUCGAGAAUGACAUUUUCUUUAAUAGAAUAUGGGUUAUUGGAGUUAGUUUCUGCCUACCUACAUAGUAUGCAUUGGGGUUUGAUGUUUAGAUGCACAAGUGCAUGAAUUUUAGACUUGGGUAUGGAUACAGGAAUAUAUGAAUGGUUAAAUCAGUGAGAAUAGAACAGAAUAGACGAAUAAAUAAAAUGGCAUGAAAA